GUGACGUCAUGAGCGUCUUGCUACCCAACAUGGCGGACUUUGAUACCAUAUACGAGUUAGAUGAGGAAGAGGAGGAGGAUGGCGACGACCGGGAAACGGGCUCCGGCCGAGUGGUGGACGAAGAGCACUUGCUUAGAUACGCACCGGAUCCGGUGGCGGUGAGGGGAGCCGGACACAUUACCGUAUUUGGAUUAAGCAACAAGUUUGAUGCAGAGUUCCCUUCUGUCUUAACCGGCAAGGUUGCCCCUGAAGAGUUUAAAAUCAGUAUCGGACGUGUGAAUACAUGCUUGAGGAAGAAUCUCCCUCUCAAUGUGAAGUGGCUGCUAUGUGGCUGUAUUUGCUGCUGUUGUACACUAGGCUUAAGUUUGUGGCCGGUUAUAUGCCUGAACAAAAGGACAAGAAGAUCCAUUCACAAGCUAUUGGACUGGGAGAAUAACAGAUUAUAUCACAAGCUUGGCUUGCACUGGAAACUGAGCAGAAGGAAAUGUGAAUCAAACAACAUGAUGGAAUAUGUCAUACUAAUAGAAUUCUUACCAAAGUAUCCUAUCUUUCGACCGGACUGAAGACAGACUGCCCCCCCAGUUCAUUUCAUGUUUUUGUUACCUGUCAUUCCUACCCUUAGUGCCUUUUUAGAUGGUUUUGGGAAGGAAAGGUCUACUGUACACGUGGUGUGUUUAGAAAAACACAGCAGGAGGUCUUUUGUAUCGCUGUAUGGUAACCUAACAGAGUGGUAUUUUUUAUUCUGUGUAGAAAAGAACAAAAUUUGCACACUUAUUUUUUUAUGUUUAAGGGAAGCUUUCUGUUUUGCACUUCAUUUUACCCCGUGUGGUGAAAACGUGUCAAGCGGCGUGCGUCACUGCAGCCACGGGGGUGGCAUAU